CUGACCGCGGUUCCGCGACGACCCGCCAGCCGACCGGUAGGAGCCGCCGUCAGCUAGCGGAUCCCAGGCCACGACGGGCGUCGCCCCCUUACCUUCCCCAGCCACCGACGUCUCGACCGGCGAACAUGGUUGAGGCGGAUCGCCCCGGGAAGCUUUUCAUUGGCGGGCUCAACCCCGAAACCGACGAGAAAGGCCUUGAGGCCGCGUUUGGCAAGUAUGGCCGCAUCAGUGAGGUGCUCCUGAUGAAAGAUCGAGAAACCAGUAAGUCCAGAGGCUUUGCGUUCGUCACCUUCGAAAGCCCCUCAGACGCCAAGGCCGCCGCCAGAGAUAUGAACGGCAAGAGUCUGGAUAAUAAGGCCAUCAAGGUCGCCCAGGCCACCAAGCCAGCGUUUGAGAGCGGCCGGCGGGGCGCGCCGCCGCCA